AUGGAUCAACCGCACAACAUGAAGCCAGGCAAGCACUUGACGAUUGUCAUCAAGAUAGGGACAUCCUCGAUCGUGGACGAGACGACGCAUGAACCGAUUCUGUCAAUUCUCUCGCUGAUUGUCGAGACGGCCAUUAAACUACGCCGCGAUGGCCACCGGGUAGUCAUUGUCUCGUCGGGGGCCGUGGGCGUCGGCUUGCAGAGAAUGAAUAUCCCCAAGCGGCCGAAACACCUCGCACAGAUCCAGGCCCUCGCAGCAAUCGGACAAUCUCGCCUAAUGUCAAUCUGGGACUCCCUGUUCGCCCACAUGAACCAGCCCGUGGCACAAAUCCUAAUCACACGCAACGACAUCGCCGACCGCUCCCAGUACCUAAACGCACAGAACACAUUGGCUGAAGUCCUCUCGCUAGGCGUGAUUCCAAUCGUAAACGAAAAUGACACACUAGCAGUCUCGGAAAUCAAAUUCGGCGACAACGACACCCUAUCAGCGAUCGCGGCGGCCAUGGUACACGCAGACUAUUUGUUCCUAAUGACUGAUGUGGACUGUCUAUACGACAAGAACCCGCGCAAGUUCCCUGACGCGAAGCCCAUCUUGGUCGUCGACGACAUCGACGCCCUACAGGCCGACGUGUCGUCUGCCGGGUCGGCACUGGGCACAGGCGGCAUGGCGACCAAGAUUGUGGCGGCGCGCCUGGCCACUGCCGCGGGGACGUCUACUAUCAUUACAAAGUCUUCAAAACCGGGCAACAUUGCCGCUGUGAUUCGACAUUUGCAUCCCCCAACCAACAGUAGUCCUACUACUACUACGCAGUCUGAGUCUCUUCCUCCUUUACACACCCGCUUCGUCCCCUCCAGCACUCCCAUAGGCAACCGCGCCUUCUGGAUCCUACACGGCCUCGCACCCCAUGGCACAGUCUACAUCGACCGCGGCGCCAGCAACGCACUGGCCAACAAAGCCGGCCUGCUUCCUGUUGGAGUUGUCGGCGUGGAAGGGUCAUUUGCCCAACAGGAAGCCGUGCGCCUCGUCGUCGUCGACAAGCAGCCCCUCGGCAGUCUACAGUCUGCCACCGUCGACUCCGGCUCAUCGGCCGAAGGAGGAGCAGGCGGACCAGUUCUGCAGCUCGUCUCGCGUGGCGAAGAAAUCGGCCGCGCCGUCGUCAAUUACUCUUCCGCCGAAAUCUCUCGCAUCAAGGGCCUCCGGAGCUCCGACAUUGCAAAGGUCCUUGGCUACGCUGAUAGCGAGUAUGUCGCCUUUCGCGAAAAUGUCAGUCUCCAUGCCAUCCCAGAUAAGAGUCGUCCUGCCACGCCGAGCGCGCUCAAUACCCCGAAUAAAGAUCGCACGCCGGAGAGCAGUCUUGCAGACUUGAGGAGCGCUCAUUGA